UUUCCCCUGGUGUGUGCACCUUCCUGGCCGCUCCGCUCCUCCGGGCGCAUAGGGUCCGGAGAGGCUGGAGCAGAGGACUCGGGACGGGGUUUCUGAGGAAGGGGAGUGGACGGGCACCCGAUCCGCUCUGGAGGGUCGGUGAAAGAUGAAGGGCCGGCGGCGGCGGCGCCGAGAGUACUGCAAGUUCGCUCUGCUGUUGGUGCUGUACACGCUGGUACUGCUGCUCGUCCCCUCCGUGUUGGACGGUGGCCGCGACGGGGACAAGGGCGCCGGGCACUGCCCGGGCCUGCAGCGCAGCCUGGGAGUGUGGAGCUUGGAGGCGGCGGCCGCCGGUGAACGCGAACAGGGCGCAGAGUCGCGCCCGGCUGCCGAAGGGGGCGCGGGCCAGUCCCCCCAGGUUCCCGGCAACCUCAGCGGCGCCGUCGGGGAGGCGGUGUCCCGGGAGAAGCAGCACAUCUACGUGCAUGCCACCUGGCGCACCGGCUCGUCCUUCCUGGGCGAGCUCUUCAACCAGCACCCGGACGUUUUCUACUUGUACGAGCCCAUGUGGCAUCUAUGGCAGGCUCUCUAUCCGGGCGACGCCGAGAGCCUGCAGGGCGCGCUCCGAGACAUGCUGCGUUCGCUCUUCCGCUGCGACUUCUCGGUGCUGCAACUGUAUGCGCCGCCGGGGGACCCCGCCGCGCGCGCCCCGGACGCGGCCAACCUCACCACCGCCGCACUCUUCCGCUGGCGGACCAACAAAGUCAUCUGCUCACCACCGCUGUGCCCCGGCGCGCCCCGGGCCCGCGCCGACGUGGGUCUCGUCGAGGACACAGCCUGCGAGCGCAGCUGCCCACCCGUGGCUCUACGCGCCCUGGAGGCCGAGUGCCGCAAGUACCCGGUGGUGGUCAUCAAAGACGUGCGCCUGCUGGACUUGGGGGUCCUGGUGCCCCUGCUGCGUGACCCGGGCCUUAACCUGAAGGUGGUGCAGCUUUUCCGCGACCCCCGGGCCGUGCACAACUCGCGCCUCAAGUCUAAGCAGGGAUUGCUGCGCGAGAGUAUCCAGGUGCUGCGCACACGCCAAAGGGGAGACCGCUUCCACCGUGUGCUGCUGGCACACGGCGUGGGCGCUCGCCCCGGAGGCCAAUCCCGCGCGCUGCCCGCCGCGCCGCGUGCAGAUUUCUUCUUGACCGGCGCGCUCGAGGUGAUCUGCGAGGCGUGGCUGCGCGACCUGCUGUUCGCGCGCGGCGCGCCCGCCUGGCUGCGGCGCCGCUACUUGAGGCUGCGCUAUGAGGACCUGGUGCGGCAACCGCGCACCCAGCUGCGCCGCCUGCUGCACUUCGCCGGGCUGCGCGCGCUGGCCGCGCUCGACACCUUCGCGCUCAACAUGACGCGCGGCGCGGCCUACGGCGCGGACCGGCCGUUCCACCUGUCGGCGCGCGACGCCCGAGAGGCCGUGCAUGCCUGGCGCGAGCGCCUGAGCCGGGAGCAGGUGCGCCAGGUGGAGGCGGCUUGCGCUCCAGCCAUGCGUCUGCUGGCCUACCCUCGCAGCGGAGAGGAAGGCGACGCGGAGCCUCCCAGGGAUGGCGAAGUGCCGCUGGACACCGAGGCCGACGGUGCCACGUAGCCUCCCACUUCCGCCCCGGGUCGCAUCCGGGUCAGUCACCAUGAACCAGGGCACUCAGCAUGCUGCCCCAGCACUGCAGAAGCAAACGCCGUGGAGGCAAUCUAUCACACUGUCAGAGCCUGCGACUUGACUUGGUACCAACUGCUGUGCAAUUCUGCUGAGCAGGAAUAUCACGAGCUGUUAAAUAAUGACGGACACAUUGGUCAAGGCAAAGUUUCCCGUGAGGAAGUGACAGUGCAAUGUGGAUAUUUAUGGCCAUAAAAUAGGAGGAACUUGAGUUCCCAGGCUGAACCUGCGUCUGCUGGAGCCAUUUCAACAAGGCAUCUUAGCAACAAAGAAGAGAUGUGAUUUGGUUCCAUUUCACAUCAGCAGGUGUCUGUACAAAAACAUCAAUGCGAAUAAAGGGCCAAGUGCAGUC